AUGGUCGGUCAAGCGAUGGUCGGUUCGAUUCCGGAGUUUAACGGCUUCAUCGACGACUGGAACGUGUACCAGGAGCGGCUGGAGCAGUUCUUCGAGGUGAACGACAUCCCGGAGGGCAAGCGGACCGCGCUGCUCAUCUCGGUCAUUGGGACGGAUUCGUACAAGACGCUGCGGGACCUGUGCCAUCCCGUGCUGCCCAAGAGUCGCACCUUCGAGGAGCUGUGUGAGCUGCUGCGCAAGCAAUACAGUCCGCAGGUCGCAGUGUUCCGUGAGCGUACCGUCUUCUACAAUGCGCGCCAAGAGCCGGGUGAAUCGGUGACGGUGUGGUACGGGCGGCUGAAGAAGCUGUCGGUGGAUUGUCGGUUUGGGGAGAACCUGGAGGCGAUACUGCUGGACAAGUUUGUGACGGGAUUGCGCAGUGGCAUGAUCAUGGAUCGGCUGUGUGAAGAGAACGAGGGUUUGACGUUGGAGCUCGCGCUGGAGCUGGCCGUGAACAAGGAGUGUGCGCUGAAGAGUGAAGUGGCCGGUGCGGGAGCCGGAUUAUGCUAGAGAGAUUUACUAUAAGCGAAUGGCCAUAGUUCUUAAGUGAUGAGGGGUGGGAAUUUGUGCGAUGAUUCUGUGAAGUCUGUGGCGACUGAGUCGAAGUGGCUGGAGGAUGCUUAAAAAUUAAGUUUAAAAUGUAUUUAAGUGUACCAUAAGCAUAAGCAUAUAAAGCCACGCGAUCGCUUACGUUGAUCAAAAUGUAAGAUGUAUCUUUUGAAUGCAAAGUGAUGGGAAAUGUGUGACUGGGUCGCAAGUCAUUUGAAAAAUAGUUUUAAAAGCACCCUUCCCAAUUCCUAUAAGUGUAAAACAUAAGUUGGAGUAAAUAAACGCCAACGAUCGUGCGAGCGUUCGAUCGUUUGGCAUCACAGUGACCUCAUUUAAA